GUAGACCUUUAAAUCUAACCUAAAAGUGUAUGAAUGCUGUGUUUUGAAAAUAUUGUUUUAUAUUUUGUAUGAGUCUCAGUAAUUGUAUUUCUAGUGAUAUUUAUUAAGAAUGUCAGAAACUGCCGUUGUAGUAAAAGCCAAGCCAGAAAGGAAAGUAUUUAAGGCUACGAAAGUUACAAAAAUUCCACAAUCAUUGUUGAACAAUCCUAAACUUCAAUCUGCUAUUGAAGGUUUGCCUAAAAACUAUAACUUUGAAAUUCCCAAAACGAUAUGGCGAAUUCAGGAAUUAAAAGCCAAGACUGUUGCUUUACAAAUGCCAGAAGGUCUUUUAUUAUUUUCCACGACCAUAGCAGAUAUAAUAAAAGAGUUUUCUGGAGCUGAUUCUAUUAUAAUGGGAGAUGUAACAUAUGGAGCUUGCUGUAUAGAUGACCUCACUGCUAAAGCUUUAGGAGUUGAAUUACUAGUUCAUUAUGGUCAUAGUUGUUUAGUUCCUGCUAACCAAACAUGUGGUAUAAAAGUCUUGUAUGUGUUCGUAGAUAUAAAAAUAGACCCCUUGCAUUUUAUUGAAACUGUUAAAUUAAACUUUAAAAAAAGCACUAAAAUAGGCUUAGUAAGUACUAUACAGUUUGUAACCACCAUUCAAGCAGCAGCUACAAGACUAAAAGAAAUGGAAUAUGAUGUCUCAAUUCCACAGUUCAAGCCUUUAUCUCCAGGAGAAAUUCUUGGUUGUACAGCUCCAGUUUUGAAAUGUGCUGAAGUUCUUAUAUACAUAGGUGAUGGAAGGUUUCAUCUGGAGGCAGCCAUGAUUGCCAAUCCAAAAGUCCAAGCUUACAAAUAUGAUCCAUACUCCAAAGAAUUUACUAGAGAAUAUUAUAGCCACAGUGAGAUGGAAAAAAUCAGGCAGAGUAGUAUACAGGACGCAACCAAUGCAGGAACUUUUGGUGUAAUCAUGGGAACUUUGGGCAGGCAAGGUAAUCCUAAUGUUGUUGAACAUUUAAGAAAGAGAUUAGAAGAAGUAAAUAAGAAGACUGUGGUGAUCCUACUUUCUGAAAUAUUUCCCAGCAAAAUAAAAUUAUUUAAGAACAUUGAUGCCUUUGUGCAGAUAGCUUGUCCUAGAUUGUCAAUUGACUGGGGAAAAUUUUUUGACAAACCUGUUAUUACACCCUACGAAGCAGCCAUUGUUAUAGGCGAUGCAAAGUGGCACAAAGCAGAAGCUAGUUAUCCAAUGGACUUCUAUGCCAGUGCCAGUUUAGGACCAUGGACUCCCAACCAUAAGCCAGAUGCUGAUGGAUUAAACAAAUGCUGUGGAAAAUGUUUAUAAAAUCAUACAUUUUAAUUAAAAAAAUUAAAUAUUUAU